UUUCGUACUGUGCGUCGUGCUGUCCGCCGAAGUUAUUACUCCACUCUUUUCAUUUGAGGACCAGGCUUGCUGUCGGGAAUGCUAUCGGUCUUUGUCUAUGCGAAUCUCAGCCGGUCUCCUGCCUUUUUUAGUCAAUGCCUCUUCUAUCUGUGUUCUCUCUUUAUACAGGCUCUUGCUAUAACUCUUGCGAUAGACGUAAGUAAGUCUCCCUGGCACACGAAGGACGAAAGGAGUGGUAUCUUUCUCUCUCCUGAUCCAAGAGCUCCACUUACUUAUGUUUACAGUUGUUACGUGCGCGACAGUUUCAUUUCCGUUUGUUUCGUUUUCCAUUUUUAUCUCUUAUCUUUACCGUCCCCCCUAGUUUGACAAAUCCGAAUCCCCUUGCUACUUAAUGAGCAAGUUGAUCAGCUCCGUCCUGCGCAUUUACCUCUGUGUUCUCCUCCCAUUACAGGUGUCUACGCGCACACCCAAGGGAGUAGACACUAGAACACUCGUCAUUUCAAGCAG